AUGGAUGGCGAUAAAGGCUCUCAGGUGUUCAAAGACACUACUGGUGAAGAUGUUCGAUUGGAGGAUCUGGGUUAUGAGCAAGAGCUUAAACGCUCCUUCGGCUUGUUUAGCAUGAUAGGUUUCAGUUUCAGUAUUGUGACAUCAUGGACAGCUCUUAGCGGCGUCUUAGUUGUCGGAAUUACCUCUGGCGGCGCACCAGUGAUGAUAUGGAGCUUCCUAGCAGUCUCUAUUAUAACUCUAGCAGUUGCAGCAUCAAUGGCCGAGAUGUGUUCUCAAUGGCCAGUCGCAGGUGGUCAAUACUCAUGGGUUGCUGCUCUUACACCUCCAAAGUAUGCUCGUGGAUUAUCUUAUGUGGCUGGGUGGUUUAUGCUCACUGGGCUUCUGGCAAUGGGAGCAACUAAUAACUCGAUCGCGUCCAACUUUGUCACCGGAAUGGCAAACCUCGUAUUUCCAGAUUACGAAAUUGCCCGAUGGCAGACAGUCCUGGUAGCCUACCUCGUGGCUUUUGUCUCGACCGUAGUUAACCUCUGGGCGUCUCAUUUACUACAUAAAAUUGCAAAAGGCAUUCUUGUCUGGAAUUUUGUCUCCUUUUUUGUCAUUAUCAUCGUGCUCCUUGCGACAAAUGAUCACAAGCAGUCUGCUUCCUUUGUUUUCAAAGACUUCCAAAAUACCACUGGCUGGGGUACUGGAAUGGCUGCAAUCAUCGGUAUCUUACAAGCCUGCUUCGGAAUGUGCUGCUAUGAUGCGCCCUCACAUAUGACAGAGGAGAUGAAGGCGCCAUCUAAAGACGCCCCGAAGGCUAUCAUUCUUGCAGUCGUUCUGGGUGGCGUCACUGGUUUCAUUUUUCUUAUUGUCUUGUGCUUCUGCAUUGGAGACAUCACAUCCGUCGCCAACACGAGUACUGGAGUCCCUGUUAUUCAGAUCCUCUAUAAUUCCACUGGCAGUAAGGCGGCUACUUGCAUCUUAACUACCAUGAUCACCGUGAUUGUCCUCGUUUCAGGAAACAAUCUCCUAGCUGAAGGAUCUCGCUCCAUUUUUGCCUUUGCUCGAGACAAUGGGCUGCCUUUCUCGAAGCUACUCAGCAAGGUCGACGGUAAGAGCCAGGUCCCCGUUAACGCUGUUCUACUGGCACUAUUAGUGCAGCUAGCUCUUGGUGCGAUUGAGUUUGGAACGACAACUGGAUUUGAGACUGUUAUCUCCAUCUCAGCUGAAGGGUUUUAUCUUUCUUACGCAAUGGCUCUCUUCAGCCGACUAGUUGGAUAUUUCUCUGGACACGUGGUAAAGAUGGAAGGACCAUACGCUUUGUCAACUCCCGUGUCAGUCGCUCUUAACACUGUGGGAUUAUUAUUCCUUCUUUUCGCAGCCAUAACCUUCAAUUUCCCUUCUACUGCUCCUGUCAACCACGAGUCGAUGAACUACACUAGUGCUGCCAUUGGUGUGAUUGCCCUUAUCAGCACAAUAACUUGGUUCACGACUGGCCGAAAGGAUUUCACAGGUCCCAGUGCUGUUAGUUUCCUGGAUGGACAGAGCACAGGUCAGGAAGUCAUACAGUCUGAAACUGAAGGAUCUGAAACGAAGAAGUAG